UCUGUGCAGAUAAGUCGGCAGAUAUUCAGAUAAAAUACAGGAAAAAGCUGAGAGACAAAUUAAACAAGGGACCUCUGCUUGUGUGUGUUUUCUAUGCGAAUUGAACUCCAGUAUGUCCAAGCGGCGUGCAUCGGAGAGAGGGGCUGGUGAGACAUCAGGCAGGGGCAGCAAGCUUCAGUGUCCUGGGAUAUCUGGCAGCAACGCCAAGCGAGCCGGACCGUUCAUCCUGGGGCCUCGUUUGGGCAACUCACCAGUGCCCAGCAUAGUGCAGUGUCUGGCCAGGAAAGAUGGCACUGACGAUUUCUACCAGCUCAAAAUCCUGACGCUAGAGGAGCGAGUGGACUCUGCCGGCGAAACGCAGGAGGAGAGGCAAGGGAAGAUGCUUCUGCACACUGAAUAUUCUCUCCUGUCUCUGUUGCACAACCAAGACGGCGUGGUCCACCAUCACGGUCUCUUCCAGGACCGGGCGUACGAAAUCGUGGAGGACCCGGAGGCCAAUAAAGUGCGCAAAAUGAAGAAGCGCAUCUGCCUGGUGCUUGACUGCUUGUGCGCACAUGACUUCAGCGACAAGACAGCCGACCUCAUCAACCUGCAACACUACGUCAUCAAGGAGAAGCGGCUGGGCGAGCGCGAGGCCAUCAUCAUCUUCUACGAUGUGGUGCGUGUAGUGGAGGCCCUGCACAAGAAGAACAUCGUGCAUAGAGACCUCAAGCUGGGGAACAUGGUGCUGAACAAACGGACGCACCGAAUCACCAUCACCAACUUCUGCUUAGGAAAACACCUGGUGAGUGAGGACGACCUGCUCAAAGACCAGAGGGGAAGUCCUGCCUAUAUCAGCCCCGACGUGCUAAGCGGUCGCCCUUACCGGGGUAAGCCCAGCGACAUGUGGGCUCUUGGCGUGGUCCUGUUCACCAUGCUGUACGGCCAGUUCCCCUUCUACGACAGCAUACCUCAAGAGCUCUUCCGCAAGAUCAAGGCCGCCGAGUACUCCAUCCCAGAAGAUGGCCGCGUGUCCGAGAACACGGUGUGUCUGAUCCGGAAGUUGCUGGUGCUCGACCCUCAGCAGAGGCUGACCGCUGGUGAGGUGCUAGAAUCCCUCGGUGACAUCAUCGCCUCAUGGCAGUCUGUUUCGUCGCUGAGCGGCCCGCUGCAGGUGGUUCCAGAUAUUGACGAUCAGGUCAACCACCCAGAGCAUCUACAAGAGGCCAAAGUGACGGAGGAGUCAUCGCAGUACGAGUUUGAGAACUACAUGCGUCAGCAGCUGCUGCUGGCCGAGGAGAAGAACACAUUCCACGAGGCCAAGAGCUUCCUCAAGCGUCACUUCAACAGCCUGCCCCCGGUGCGCCGGCUAGGCCACGACGCCCAACCCGUUAGCCCGCUGGACGCCGCCAUCCUGGCACAGCGCUUCCUCCGCAAGUAGACCCUCAAACUGAACUUGGAGGUGGGUGGGGGCACCCUCCGUGUGUAGACUUUGGGCCAUGCCAGGUGAAUCAAAAUGGGGCAGAACUGCUCAAGAAAGGCCAUCGGUUAACCUUGUAGUCACUGUGCAACCUCCAUCUAUGUUUUCCGUGUGUACUCUGGACCUCCUGAUCAAUACAGGACCACCAUCAUGUAGCAGGCCCCCUCCUUCCUUCUACUGUUGUCCCAUUUUGGCAAACCUUCAAAUCAGUCUACCUCUCCGUCUCUUCUUCUGUGUUGGUAAACCACGCUCACUGUUCUACGAUGCCACCGGCGAAGUUAGUUUUUCUGUCACGCUAUGGGAAAAACACAACAAACCCUCUCAAGUGGUUUUCCGCAAAGGGGGGGUGGGGGGGACGGAAACGGAAUAAGCUUUUUUGUUGUUGUUUUUUUUUAAACCAAUCGAACCUUGUAGUAGCAUUUUCACUAUCCCAUUGAAGACAGACACCACGGACGCACGCUUUGGUACUUGUCGUCUCGUCCCUGUGGGAGAUCUCUUUCCUAGCAUCAGGCAGCUAGUGUGCAUAAAGCCUGGAAGUCACCACGCCAAGAUCCACGGUGAGACCCAAAUGUUGGACGCCACUUCGUUAACCUCCUUGUUCCCACAGCCAAAACUCACGUAAAACCUUGGGAACGCCACGGAACUGGUACCCAGCGCCUCAUUCGGAAUUGAAACGGCUUCCAGGUAGUCCAACGGAUGACGGACAAAGUGUGUUUUUUUUUUUCCAGUAUGAAUGUGAAUGACACUUUGACAUAUUAGCAUAGCAGUGUGUGUGUGUGUGUGUGUGUGUGUGUGUGUGCGUGUGUGUGUGUGCGUGUGUGUGUGUGUGUGCGUGUGUGUGUGUGCGCACGCGCGUGCGUGCGUGCGUGCGCGCGUGCGCGCGUGCGUGCCUGCGUGCGUGUCCAUGCGUGCGUGCCUGCCUGCCUUUGUGUACCUGUGCGCGUGUUUCAAACCAGGGCCUGCCGAGCCAUCCACCUCAGCAGCCAUCUUUAAGCUAUCCUUCAUUCGACAUUUUUCCACUGCACAAUACCGGCUCGGUUCGAGGAAACUGCAAAUCCACGCAGCACUGAACACCACGGAAAGGAGGACAAAUCUUAUCUGACAGCAAUGACAAACAGGGAACUGCAGUCAAGGAGUAUACAAUUGCAGUGUCAGGUACAGCUAAGCUAGCAUUGGUUAAUAUAUUUUUGUAACUUUUAGCUGCGUAUCCUCAAACAAUGGUUUAAUCUCCGAGAUGUGACUCAGGGCAGCGGGGAAAAAAACAAGCUGCUGUAGCCACGUGGAGACUGUGGGAUAUACUCCUGCCUCUUCUUGAGCUUAAGGCACAGCUAAACAGUUAUCAUGUUUAUGUUUUUGUCGUUUCUAGCUGCAUUCUGUCGAACAAUGUUUUCACGCCUGACAGGAGUUUGUUUGUGGGCAGAGAGAAAUCGGAGCACUGACGCCAACCCGAGACCGGCGUGCAACCGCAGCGUUCAGAGUUUAGGGCUAAAACUGCGAAAACCACUCUGCAUUUAACGUAUCGUUCAGAACGCUAACAGCUAUGCUACGGAGACUCAUUUUACCUGAGAGGAGACUAAGGGCAGCAAGAAAACCAGCCACAGAGACCAGCCACAGUAGAGUAGACUAAUGCAGCUUCGAGUUUUAUUUUGUCAUUUCAGACGUGUAUACUCCACAGUCUUCACUUGGCUGCAGUGGCCUGUUUUCUUGCCUCCCUCAGUCUCCGCUUGGAUAAAAUGUCCUUCCUUCAUUCACCACAAAAACCGUAGAGCCAAGUGGGUACUGUGCGGUGGAAAAGCGUCCAAAUGGUGUUUAUUAUCUGGCACACUGUGAAAAGCAGACCAACACAGAGCUUGACGCGAUGUUUUUUUGUUUGUUUUUUCCUCCCAUUUAGCCAGGGGCCCUUGCUUGUGUAUUAGCAGCUCCUCAUGUACAUGCAUUAUUCCACUGUGUAGGUGCUUGGUGAUCCAUACUGUAAUAUUUCUUUUUUUUUUUUAAUUAUUAUUAUUAUUUUUGUUUAAGUUAUUUUCUGGUUGCCUUGGAUUGUGGUGACUUUAUGAAUGAAUCAAGGUUAAUUUUUUUAGGCAAAGCUAGGCACCAGCGACUGUUAAGCAACUUUUCCGCUGGCUCAUUUGUUCUUCCUCCUACGUAUUUAUGUUUGCAUCUCACCCUCAAGGUUGUUUUAUUUAUUGUUUGCUAAAAAAAAAAAAAAAAAAAAAAAAAAAGAUUUAUCAGCUACAAUCAUGAAAAAGUAGCGAUUUCUUUGUCUUCCCACAGUCCGGGAGCACAAACUAAGUUAAAAUACAUCACAUACUUGCCAUAAACUGCAUUCUUGCCAUAUUGCCACCAUUUAAGCUUCACUGAUUUAUGCUUAGCUUUAAUUAUUAUGAUUUUCUCCUGUUUUUUUCCCCCUUCAGAAUCACACAUUGAAAGUCCCCAUUAGAAAAUGUGUGAAUUCCAUAUCAGUAUUGCAGUAGUACACAAAUUAAUAGAUUUCCAGUGAUAAUGGCCCACCAAAUAGGAAUUAGAUGUAGAAAUAUACUUAAUGUGAAUGAAAUUGUGUCCCCCAAACCGUCACUUUCUAUAUUUAGCAGCAUUUUUCUUCUACGUGUUGCUGCUGUGGUUUUGAAAAGCAUGAAAAUAGUGCAACGUGGAAGUCGUUAUGCAUGAUGUUGCCACAGUCUGUGCCAUGCCACUUAUUUUGUAGCAAGAGAACAUCCAGAUUUUGUCACCUCUUUUCCUCCCUAAUUUAAAAGCAAAAAUGUAUACUUUUUUUUCCACUAGGUUCCUUCCUCUAAUUUAAUAGCAACAAUUCCAUAUUUUCCCAAAAUAUUGAUUUUAAUUUAUAUUUGUAUUAUUUUGUAGCAACGUUCUUUUGUCUUUAAAUAUUUCCCCAGGUUCCCUCCAUUAAUUUGAUUUAAAAAAAUGGAUGUUCAUUUAAAUUUGUUUAUUUUUUUGUAGCAAAAUUGCAUAUUUUUCCAGAAUGUAUUUCUUCCAGAAAUAGUUUUUUUCUUAAAAUAUUUCCUCUGCGUUCCUUCCAUUAAUUUAAUAUAUGAAAAUUAACACACCAAAAAAAAAAUGUAUCAACGGUAGUUUCCCAAGUUUUUCUUCAGAGUUCCACUUGCCUCCUUACACUGAUUUAAUUUAUAUAUUUUCCCUAAAUUACAAUAUAAAAUAUUUCCCCACCCCCGUGGUUCAUCCACACUUUUACCCAUGUUUCCCACUUGGUUUCACUCACUACAUUUUUUUUAAUGAGGAAAAAUAACAGAAUUGUAUUGUCUAUCCCCUCCUGUCCCCCCACCCCCUACUGAUUGAAUAGUAAAAUUGCAUGAAUUUGCCUCCAUUUUGUAAAAUGUUGCGUAGCAACAUUGCAUUGUUUUCCAAAAAGUUAGUCCUCUUCCAGAAAAUAUUUCUCCUGGGUUUUCUCUGCCGCUUUAGUAGCAAAAUUACUUUUUCCCCAUUUCAUUUUAAGAAAAGAUUCCCCCUCCCUGCUUUGUAGGUACUGUAGUUGGGUACAUUUUGGACGCUGCUGGCGUGUUUCAAGCGAUCAUUUGGACAAGACACACGCGUUUUGGUCGUUGUCUUUGUCGUCGUAAGCUGCUUGCCCAUCUUUGGGGGCAUCUAGAGACGCACUCAUGACAUUAUUGUACAGUUGGAAAAAUCUUUGUAUAAAACAAAACAAAACAUAUUUUUCUACUUAAUCAGAAACUACAUGCAUGUCAGCAAUAAACUUUGAUAA